GUGGGUGCCUUGGCAGAAUCCCAGAGUGGGGGGCUACAUCAUAGGCCCAGCCUGCCCUGAACCUUGAGGCCGGCUGAAGAGUGGGGAAGGGGUUCCCCUGCCUUUAGUCUUAAAGCCAGGCUGCAGGAGGCCCUAGGGGAACUCUGGCUCCAAGUCCCAGCCCCUCACCCCAUCCCCUAUCUGAGGAGGAGGCGGGUGGCCCAGGCUGUGCAGCCAGAGCUUCUCAGCUCAGAGCUCCGGAGGAGCCAGAUGUAACAUUGACCUUAAAUGGUAAAAGCUCCCCAGAGUGAAGAGAGGCUGGCCAGGGGAGGAAAGGGAAUAACUUAGUUUUAGGUAAGUCAUCAGCUAUCGCCUAGAAUAACCUGCCUGUUCAGCCGGAGGAAAGCAGAGGGAAGCCUUCUCUUCCUUAAAGGACUCUCCCUCCACAGGACCGCUCCACAGCCCUCCUGCCAUCAUCCUGACUGGGGAUGCCAGUUCAUCAGGAGAAACCGACAAAAACCUGGCCAACAGGUACACGUCCCAGAGCUCCCAGUCCCCACCGGAGGCUUUCUCACCGACACCUGAGGGUCUCCACCGCUUCCCUGACUUCUGUGGACCCCGCGGGGCGUGUCAUUGACCUGGUAAAUGACCAGCUGCCGGACAUCAGCAUCUCAGAGGAGGACAGGAAGAGAAACCUGGCUCUGCUGGAAGAAGCCAAGCUGGUGAGUGAGCGAUUCCUGACCCGACGCGGGAGGAAGUCCCGGAGCAGUCCAGGAGACCCUCCUCCAGGCGUUUCCCCAAACCUCAGCCGGGGAACUUCUCCUGAGCCCUCUAGGAGCGGCACCCUCCCUGUCUCUACCCCACCAGGUGUGGAUGUGAGCGGUGACCCACAGUCCCCUCCGCCAGGAUCACCAGCGCAGUUCCUCCAGCAAAAAGGAGAUGAAGUCGAUGUCUCUUCACCUCGCCUCAGUGAGCCUCAUGUCCCCAAAGGGCUAGCUGACCGGAAGCAGAGCGACCAGAGGAAGGUAUCUCAAGGCAGGCUGGCUCCUCGUCCUCCCGCGGUGGACAGAUCUAAAGAACUCGCCAUAGAACAAAAGGAAAACUUUGAUCCCCUCCAGCAUCCCGAAACCACACCCAAGACCCAGGCUUCUGGAACAAGUGCCACUGGGAAGAUGGCCCUGAACAGUCCCCAACCUGGCCCUGCGGAGAGCGAGCUGGGGAGGCAGCUCCUGAAGACAGCCAGAGAAAGCAACCCUCUGCCCAGGAGCGCUGCCCAGGCCUCCGCAGAGGUGGCUCCCCCAGCUCCCCAGGGUAAAGGAUGUCCUGGAGAGCCCGCGGGGCCCAAGGUUGGUGCCAAGGCUGAGCCGCGGAGCCCCGUGUCUCGGCCCCCCCUGAUACGGGGACUUUCCAGGGACGGUGGACCUGAAGAGCCAGGUCCCCGGCUGCAGAAAGUGCUUGCCAAGCUGCCCUUGGCAGAGGAAGAGAAGCGGCCCCCAGGCAAAGCCAUCAGCAAGCCCACCAAGACGCCUGGGCUCAAAGACUUCCAGAUACAAGUACAGCCGGUGCGCAUGCAGAAACUGACCAAACUCCGGGAGGAGCACAUCCUGAUGAGGAAUCAGAGCUUGGUGGGGCUCAAACUUCCUGAGCUGAGUGAAGCGGCCGAGCAGGAGAAAGGAGGGACGUCUUCUGAAGUCUCCUCAGCGACGGCUGAAGAAGAAUCAAAGAGUGGCUUGGACGUCAUGCCUAAUAUUUCUGACGUGCUGCUGCGCAAACUGAGGGUCCACAAGUCUCUCCCUGGAAGUGCCCCUCCCCUUACUGAAAAGGAAGUUGAGAACGUGUUUGUACAACUGUCCUUGGCCUUUAGAAAUGACAGCUACACCCUGGAAUCUAGAAUUAACCAGGCUGAAAGGGAACGCAACCUGACAGAGGAAAACACGGAGAAGGAACUGGAAAACUUCAAAGCUUCCAUUACGUCCUCAGCAUCUAUCUGGCACCACUGUGAGCAUCGCGAGACCUAUCAGAAGCUUCUGGAAGACAUCGCAGUCCUGCACCGCCUGGCUGCCCGCCUCUCUAGCCGGGCUGAGGUAGUGGGAGCCGUCCGCCAGGAGAAGCGCAUGUCGAAGGCCACAGAAGUGAUGAUGCAGUACGUGGAGAACCUGAAGAGGACGUAUGAGAAAGACCACGCGGAGCUCAUGGAAUUUAAGAAACUUGCAAAUCAGAAUUCAAGCCGUAGUUGUGGCCCUUCUGAAGACGGGGUCCCUCGCACGGCACGGUCCAUGUCCCUCACGAUGGGAAAGAAUGUGCCCCGCCGGAGGGUCAGCGUUGCUGUGGUUCCCAAGUUUAAUGCCCUGAGCCUGCCUGGCCACGCUCCCAGCUCGUCACCCAUCCCCUCCCUACCAGCCCUGUCAGAAGCACCCAAUGGGAAGAGCAACGCGUCCAUCGCCCCAGCACUGCCUGCGCUUUUGGAAAAUGGAAAGACAAACGGGGAGGCUGACUGUGAAACCUGUGCCCCCGUGCCACUCCCGAGCCGCCUGGAGGAGAGGAGCCAAGAGAACAAGGCCAGGGUGGAGGAAGAAGCCUUCACCAAGGGAUAUCAGGAAGGUCUCAAGAAGACCACAGAACUUCAGCAGUUGGCAGAGGAAGAGGAAGAACAGAAGAGUGAGAGUCCUGAGGAACCAGAGGAACCAGAAGAAACUGAAGAGGAGAAGGAGCCGAGAGGCAGCAAACUUGAAGAUCUGGUCCACUUCCUACAAGUCAUGUAUACCAAAAUGUGUCAGCACUGGCAAGUGAUCUGGAUGAUGGCUGCAGUGAUGCUGGUCUUAACUGUCGUGCUAGGGCUCUACAGUCCCUAUAACUCUUGUGGGGAGCAGGCCGAAGGGCCCCCUGGGAGAUCCACCUGCUCAGCUGCCCAGAGAGACUCCUGGUGGAGCUCAGGACUCCAGCACGAGCAGCCUACAGAGCAGUAGGCCACCUGACUCCCAGCCCUGCCCUGCUUCAGCACAUUCAGCCCACCGUCCUGUCCCCAAAAAUGUCGUGUCAGGCCCAGGUGUGGGCACAUAGCCACCUAUCCUAUCGGGGACUGAGGAGGACUUUUCACUCGGGGCUAGUUGCACUCUCGGAGGAUCAAUGAAACUGCGCUAGGAAAGAAGUGACCUUUGCCAAGGACUGUGACUGAAGAGAAGGGCUCCUGCCCUUAGUCCAGAUGGACAGACAGAACUGAAGUCCCUUCACUUGGGGGGCGAGGGGGGGGACAGUCAGAAGCUCAGUCUCCUCUCCUCCCUGUCUGCAAUUGGUGACGACCAGGAAAAGCUGUGCUGGAUGGCCAACGCGGACCUGGAAUUUGGAGUCACAACAUGGCUGCCCUUCAGUCUCUCCUCUUCACUUCGGAUUCAGUUUUCUUUGGUGGUUUUCUUUUUUUUUUAAUUUUUCCACAGAGUAGGAAAGGUUUCUCAGAAAAUGUCCCAGGCAAAUUCAGCUCCAUGCUUGGAAGGACAAUGUGAAGAUUAAUAUAUAUCUGCA